AUGGCUGAUUUCGCCUUUGGUGAUUUUUCCGAACAAGAAGCAGAAAACUUUUUUGGUAAUGAUAAACAAGGAGUUAAAUUUCCAUGGGGUACAGAGGACUGUGCCAAUACUGCAAUUGAAUUUGGUUUCGGUGUUCCACCAGUAAUAGCUCCGGUCGGCGUUACUAGUGUAUCUUAUUCCUGUAAUGGCAGUUUAUCCCAUCAAGAAUCUACAAAUUCAGCCCUAACAUCUCCACCUUAUUCAUCAAAAAGUUCAUCCGUUGAAAAUGUUAAAAUAAAUAAACAAUCAUCAUCCCAUAGUCGUCAUCAUAGUGAUAGAAAAUUAAAGAAAAAACGUCCACCAAAUUAUUAUAAACAAGAAUAUCAACAGAUGCUCGAGCCAUCGACACUUCAACAUCAAAACCAAAAUGAUAUUAAUGAACAACCGGUACAAAUUGAACAAAUUAAAAAUGACACACGAUACAUUGCAUGUGAUCAAUGGGUUGAUUCAACUAUAAUACAUCAACAUGAUGAUAAACAAUCAACUAAUGAUGAAGAUGAAACUGAAUCCGAUAGUCAUGAAACAACAACUGACACAGAUAAUGAUAUUGAUCAUCCACAGCAUAUACCAAUUAAUAAAACAUUAUUAAACAAUAAUGAUCUAUCGAUUUACUCAACAUCUGUUGCAAGUGGAGCUUCUAUUGAAACAUUAAAACCAUCAUCAGAUAAUCUAUCGUCAUCAGCAAAAUCAAAACCGUCAUCAUGGGCAGAUCUAUUUCGUAGCAAUCAAGCAGCGGUAGCUACAAAAGCAUCAACAACAGUAGUAGCAGCAGCAACAACAACAACAAAUGUUCCACAACAGCAAACGACUUCUACUCAAAAAGCUCAAGCAGCACCACCACAACAAAACGGAAGAAAUAGUACAACGAAUAAUUUUUAUCCAAAAAUAAAUUAUCAUGUUUAUAAUAGCAACGGAGAAGAAUCACGAUCAUUAGAAGAUUAUUUUUCCAAAUGUGAAGUGCGUCCAUCAGCUAUGGCUAUUAAACCUCGUGGAUUAUUAAAUAGAAGCAAUUAUUGUUAUGUGAAUGCGACUCUUCAAGCACUUCUUGCUUGUCCUGCCUUUUUUAAUGUCAUGAAAUAUAUUCCACUUAAUGAUGAUACAUCCAAUCAUAAUGUUCCAUGCAUCACAGCUCUUCAUUCAUUUGUGAAUGAAUUUGAAAAAAUGGAUCGAAGUAAAUCAAAUUCCAAUCAUAAAGAUAUAAUAUGUGGUCCAUCCUUUGAACCAAUUAAUGUCCUUCAAGAAUUAUCUCGGCUACGUCAUUUACCUGUUGACAUCAUAAAAAAUAAACAAGAAGAUGCACACGAAUUAUUAUGUCAAUUACUAAGUGAAAUUCAUGAUGAAAUUUGUCAAAUCCUAUAUAAUCCAUCAGCAAAUAAAAGUGAAGAAUCUAUAUCCAAUGCAGAUUUAACAACGUUAACAACUGAUUUACAAAUAAAAACUGAUGAGAAAUCAGAAGACUGGCUUCAAGUUGGAAAACGAAAUCGUACACAUGUUCUUCGAACGAAUGAAAUUCGCAAGAGUCUUGUUGCUGAUAUAUUUGCUGGAAAAUUUCGCUCAACCAUACAUAGUUCUGGAAAUCAAAAAUCCGUCGUGCAUGAACCAUUUUUUACACUUUCAUUGGAUAUUAAAGAUUCAAAGAUAACCUCACUCGAUGAAGCUCUAACACGUUUCUGUGAACAAUCAACACUUUCCGAUUACAUUGAUAGUAAAAAUCGUCAAAAUGUGCAUACAAACAAAACUAUGUUAAUCGAACAAUUGCCACCUAUACUUAUCAUACAUUUAAAAUGUUUUCUAUAUGAUGAAACAGAUGGAAUAAAAAAAGUUAAUAAGCCUAUUAGCUACACCGUUAAUUUAACAUUGCCGAAAGGUAUAUUAACAGAACAAGCUAAAAAACAAUAUCACGAACGAUAUAAAUUGUUUGCUGUUGAAUAUCAUCAAGGUGAUCAUGCGACCAAAGGACAUUAUAUAACUGAUGUAUUUCAUCCUGGUCUUCAAGGAUGGCUAAGAUUUGACGAUGCUACUGUUAAUGUUGUUACAUCACACCAAGUUAUUAAUUCAACAGCUGAUAAACUUACGCCUUAUUUACUGUUUUAUCGUCGCGAUUAA